AUGCGGCCCCUGCGCGCGCUCGCAGCUCGGUGCUUGGCCGCCGCGCGCAUUGCGCAGCGCACAGAGGAUGCGUCGCGGUUUGGCAUGUACAAAGAGUGUGCUUUGCAUGCGCGGUGGCUCGUAGACGCGGCAACGGCUAAGCACGCAGACCCUGUGCAAGCACAAAACGCAGUGCGGGGCAUGGUCGAACGCGUCGCGCGCCACGAGCCACUAGCGUACGUCUUGGGCACGCAGCCAUUUGGCCCACUGGAACUGUGUGUGCGCGCGCCCGUCCUGAUACCCCGGCCCGAGACGGAGGACUGGACACUCGCACUGGCCGAGCGCCUCCGCAGCGCCGGUCCUUUGCGCAUCCUGGACCUCUGCACGGGCUCUGGCUGCAUUGCAAUCCUCCUCGCACAUACGCUGCGCACCACUGAUCUACUUGCCGUUGAUCUCGAUCCCGCAUGUGUCGCACUCGCGGCAGAGAACGCGAGGCGGUGUCAAGUGCGCAUAGCAACGCGCCGUGUGGAUCUGUUCGACGACGCGGCGAUGUUGUCGCUCGGCGCAUUCGAUUUGGUGGUGUGCAACCCACCCUAUAUUCCCAGUUGCGACUAUACAUCCUUGCAUCAGUCCGUGCGUGCGUUCGAGUCGCGCAGCGCAUUGGUCGGAUCGCAUGCGGAAAAUGAUGGCCUGCUAUACUAUCGUCGGCUCGUUGAGCUCCUGCCGCGCGGACUCUUGCGGCCCUCUGCAAGCCCUUUCCAGCUUGUCGUCGAAGUCGGUGCCGGUCAGGCAGAUGCUGUACAAAAGCUCUUUGCCCCGAUUGGGGGGUGUGCGCAGUGGCAAGACCCGUGGGGGCAUCAGCGCGUGGUUGCACUCCGUAGCUAG